AGUUCUAUGGAUGGUCACAUGAUUUGGAAGAUGAUCAGAUCUAUGCAGCGUGUGUUUAGGGCAGGAACAGGUAUAUUCUUACGCAAUUGUCACACAUCAACUGUGAAACACAGAUCUCUGCAUUGUUCCAGUUUUUUGGGAAAAGCAUUAGUCGAUGGGGAAUUGAUUGAGCAGCAAGAGAAUGAGCCAGAAGGAACUUUAAAUGAAGUAUAUACAUCUGAGCAGAGCGAUACGAUCCUAGAAACUCUUAACACGGCUACAGAGAGCGAGCUGGCCAACAUUAAACUGUUAAGAGGCAAAAAAUCAGCCAGCAUUGUGCAAUACAGAGAGACGCAUGGGCCAUUCCUAGAUUUGGAUCAGGUGUUGAAUGUCCCUUACUUUAAAUAUAAGAUGACGGUAAAAGUGUGUGAAUCCAUUCUAAACCCUGUAGAGAGAGGACCUAAAGGAGAGAGAAAACUAGAGAGCAGGACCAGCCUCAGAUUUUUUAAACCAGAGGUAACAGAAGAUAGACUGGAGGCCACAGAAAGCAUUGUAUCUAUUGUGUUUGGUAUCCGUAAGAUAGCAUGGGCUCACGUUGAUCGUAAAAUGACUGUCCUUGACUGGAAACAAGAAGAGUGGUACAGAUUCAUGAAGGGAGCCUACCAUGCCCAUGUAUACUUGGAAGAUAUAUCUUCAGCUGUUGACAAACUCCCUAAAGCAGACUUGUACAUCCUGGAAAAACCUGGAAUAUCCAUUCAGAACAGCAGUUUAUAUCCAGUUAUGUUACAUUUGCGCACAGUAGAAGCAAUGCUGUAUGCUCUGUUGAAUACACAAUAUGCCACUGACUGGGAACAUCGGGUAUUGAGUAUAGGUCGAAAUACAGUUGGGAAACACUUUGAACUUAUGCUGGGGGAAUCUCGCACAAGUGGCAUUGAAAUUCUGACGCAAAUGUUUACAGACUCUUUUAUCCAUGGACAAAAAAGAAUUCAUUUCCCACAGGACAUGGUUUUCCGCUACAGAAACCAGUUUCAAUCCAAAGGGCAGAACAGAAACGAGGAGUUGUGUGAUGCUUUAUUGCAAGCUAUUGCCUUCUAUGAACUAGCAUUUACUACUCAAAAUAAAUAGAUAUAAAUACA